UCCUCAGUUUUGCCUCUCAGUGGAAAAGCUGCUUCUUGCUUCACCUAGUUAUAAAAUACAAGAAUUUCAGCAUCAAAGGGCUUCUUGCUAUAGAUUGUAGUGAUUUGGGAAACUACAGCUGCCGGAAUUCUUUGGGUCCUAGUAUGCUAGGCACCCCAAGACAAAUUCUCAGCUGUUCUAAGUACUUGCAGAGAUUUUGUUCGUCUGAAAGUUAUUCAGUUCUCAAUUCAGCUGGUCUUCAGCACUGGUUCAAGAAUUGGCAAGGACUCAGAAGACAGAAACUGACAGCAAGCUCUUUUGCUGCGGCUAUGGGUUUUUCGAACUACCGAAGAGUGGGGCUUUGGUUAGAGAAAAUUGGAGCAGUUGAGCCCUUUUCCGGUAACCUGGCUACCUGUUGGAAUAAUAUUAAAGAAGAGGAAGCACUUGAAAGAUACAAGUUGAUCACAGGAAAUUCAGUCUCAUUUCCCGAAUUUCAGGUCUAUGGAAAUGUAAAUCCAGGAGAUGACUGGCUAGCAGCUUCACCAGAUGGGGUGGUUGAUCAAAUGGUGUAUGGAUUGCCUCUACGAGGAGUGCUGGAGAUUAAAUGCCCAUUUUUUGAUGGGGAUAUGAGCAAGGCUUUCCCUUGGACCCGAGUCCCUCUUUACUGUAUUCCACAGGCUCAAGGUUUAAUUGAAAUAGUUGAUAGGGAGUGGAUGGAUUUAUAUGUUUGGACUCCUAAUGGAAGUAGCCUAUUCAGGUUAUACCGGGAUGCAGCAUACUGGGACAUGAUGAAGUAUGCUCUCUCAGAUUUUUGGUGGAAUCAUGUUCAGCCAGCAAGGGAGUUGUACAGUAAAUCUCAUGCUAUGAAUCCCCUCAUUGAAUCUUAUAGGCCAAAACCCAAGCCUGAACAUUGGAAAUAUAUAAUUUAUGAAAGUAAGCGCAUUGUUGAAAGCUCAGAUUUAUUGUGGCGUGAAAUUCAUGGCAAGCUACAAAACUGAUCCAUCCAUGAUCUUUUGGUGUCCAUGAGUUUUGAAGCACAUAUAUCCCUUCUGAAACUGAGGCAUGAAGUUCAUUUUUGGUUCACACUUUAUAAGACUUAAGAGUCCAUGUCAAGUAGCUGGCAUAUUGGUCCUAUGAUUGAGGUCAAUUAUUUUCAUCACUACACUCAUAACUCUUCCUAAAUGAUGAAGGAGAAAUACGCAGUACCACAGGAUAUGGAAUUAUCAAAUUGCAAUCUUGAUGAUGAGAGUGACCACAUCUUUGUAUUAAGAAGGAAUUGGCACAUUACAGUCAUGAAAGCAAAAUUUAUGAGGAUAAACUCAUUCCUCAGUAUAGUCGUAACUAUAGGCCAGAACAUUGUUGUUGAUUCUUACUCUGGAGAAGUUUGAACAGGUUAGUUUUGUUUGUACUUUUUGGUUCAUUGAAAAUUUUACAUUUUAAGCAACCAUCAUACCAACUAAACAUAGUCAAACCUCUCAAGGGAGAAAGAUGAGUUAAGUCAUGCAUCUAUACCUUGAAACACAAUACUAGUAGGUUUCUCAGUACUCAGGUCUUUGCAGCA